AUGGCCGAACACAAAGACGACCUGACCGAGAAAGCUCACUUCGACCCAAACUGGAUCGCCUGGGAUGGAGGAACUCUACACUCCAACAACGUGCUCUUCUAUUUUGCAACGUCUCCUUUCUUUGACCAUGUCUCGGGCAACCAGUCGCUCUUCACGCAGUGGGCAGGCACGCCAAACCAGAAUGAUAUCCUAGGCACGAGGGCCAAAUUUGAAGCCAAUCUGCGGCAUCAACGCGGUAUUCAGUACGUCGUCGAGCACGAUCCCCUAGAGGAGCAAGUCGUCUUUGACGGGCCAAACGGGCCUGAGAAAUCCAACGUCUGGGUCAUUCGCAAGCAGAAUCGUGAGAACGAGCGAGACGACAGCAUUACAGUCUUGGGAUACUACUACAUUGUCAAUAACGUCAUCUAUCAAGCUCCUUCGGUUGCCAGCGUUCUGAACUAUCGUCUGUUGAACACGGUAUCGGCACUCAACAAGGUCUUUUCGGCUCCGGGAGAUUUAUCCUUCUUUUCAGUCUCUCAUGGACACACGUAUCACAAGCCUGUUCAACAGACGACAGCACAAACUAUCUUGGGUUCCUCCCAACAAGGUAAUGAAGCUUUACCAAUGCCAGGACUUCAGCCUUCUAGUAUCGAGAAAGCCGUAGCGACUUCUGAAGCACAAGACGAAACCCAUGGUGGGAGUCGGACGGCCUGGGACGCUCUUCGAAUGACAUUGCAAUACGGCAAGGAAUAUGUGGAUGAUAUGCCGUUGGAGGGCGAGCCAGGGAAUUUCCGAUUUUCUAAGAGCAAGGAUGCUAAUUCGAUAGCUGGCCAGACUAAAGCUCAAGGCCAGAUAUCUCCUACUGGGACCCCCGGCCAAUCGCGAGCAGCUUCGGUCGUGCCCCCGACAUCAACCAAUCCAUCUGCAGCUGCAAAGGGCCCCAAGCUACUAGAGAAAAACCCGCCACUAUCUGAAGGAGCAGCAAAAGUGAAACGGAGGAAGAGUAAAGCACCGGGCGAACCUAGUCCAUGA